UAAGGUGUUGCCAAUAUCAACACAGUUUACACUACUCACACAACAUGUAAUGUGUUUCUGACUUUACUGACAGUGAUGCAACUUUAAAGCUGUUGAAUUGGUGGUACCAUGAAGGAUUUCGAAGGUGGUUUUAAUGGAACAAUUGUGCCACCAAACGGACAAAAUGCGUAAGGACAAGCAUUUUCUUGGCAGUCAAAAAAAGCAACAGGGGCUCAAACUUGGACAGAUCUAUUUUUAUAAAGAUACCAUCAUGCAUGCAAUUCUUGCCAUCAAUAAAUACUCUGAAAGCGGGGAUAUAGUUAUAACAGUCUGGUUUUACAUAGUGGAAAAAACGCAGCAUUUUGGCACCUUGUGUAAUGUCCUUUUAUAUUUUUGGAUCACUUCCCCGCACAUUGGUCCAGAUCCUUGUGGGGAAUGUAAUAGGUCACAGUCCUCGAUCUAAAAAAAAAGCGAAUGUGGCUUCGUACAGGGAAACGGAGGAGGGAGGAACUGAUCUGGGAUCUCGCCUCAAACUCCUGUCAUGGCCGCAGCGGUGUGGACUGAUCGCGCACGGAGGCCUGUGUCUUUUGUGGGGAUAGUGAUAAGAUCCAGAACCAGCCACACCGCCAUAAAGUCUCAGUAUGACGCGGUGGUCGUCGGGGGAGGACACAAUGGACUGGUGGCAGCUGCCUAUCUUCAGAAGGGAGGCCUGAAAACAGCAGUGUUGGAGCGCAGACAUGUUCUGGGGGGAGCCGCUGUUACAGAGGAGCUCUUCCCUGGUUUCCGGUUUUCUAGGUGUUCCUAUUUGCUCAGUUUGUUACGACCCCACAUAUACAUGGACCUCGAGCUCAAGAAACAUGGACUGAAGGUGUAUAUGAGAGACCCCCAUGCUUUCACCCCCAUGUUGGAAGAAGGACUGAGAGGUGUUCCACCAAGGUCUCUCACCUUGGGCUCAGAUCUGGCCAGGAACCAGUCGGAGAUCGGCAAGUUCUCACCGAAAGAUGCUAAAGCUUUUCCAGAUUUUGUUGCACACCUUGGGAAGCUUGCAGGAGCUAUUCAGCCUCUCUUGGAUGCUCCUCCUGUAGACAUUCCAGGUGUCACCACUGGAUCACUGAGGAGGAGGCUGGCUGCAGCUAAAACACUGAUGCCCAUUGUCAGAUGUGGUCUGAAACUAGGCCGAAACAUUCCAGACUUUUACGAGAUCAUAACUGCACCAAUAAUGAAGAUCCUCAAUCGGUGGUUUGAGUCAGAGCCACUGAGAGCAACACUCGCUACCGAUGCUGUGAUAGGAGCAAUGACAAGUCCAAAUAAUCCUGGUAGUGGUUAUGUGCUCUUACACCACGUGAUGGGAGAGUUGGAGAAGGAGACAGGAGCAUGGGGUUAUGUGGAGGGAGGCAUGGGAGCCGUGUCUCAGGCUGUUGCUAGCGCUGCUCGAUCAUAUGGUGUAGACAUUUUUACUGAGAAGGAUGUAGGACAGGUCCUGGUUGGUUCAGAUGGUGCUGCUAAGGGAGUGGUGUUGAAGGAUGGCGGAGAAAUCCAUAGUAAACUUGUUUUAUCAAAUGCUACCCCAUACGUAACUUUUAACAACCUCAUGCCACAGGGUGUCCUUUCUCCAGAGUUCAUCAAAGCCAUACAUCAGAUAGAUUACACCUCUCCUGUUACAAAGAUCAAUGUGGCUGUGGACAAGCUGCCAAACUUCUUAGCAUCUCCCACACCAGAUCAUAAACCUGGACCCCACCAUCAGUGUUCCAUACAUCUCAACUGUGAAAGUGUAGGAGUACUGGAGACUGCCUACAAACAGGCCAUGAAUGGACGUCCCUCUGUGAGACCCAUGAUAGAGAUGACCAUCCCCUCUGUGCUGGAUUCUACUCUGGCUCCCCCUGGCUGUCAUGUGGUGUCACUGUUCACCCAAUUCACCCCCUAUCACAUAGAAGGCAGGGAGUGGACGGACCAGGACCGAGAGGACUUUGCAGACACUGCAUUUGACUGCAUAGAGCAAUAUGCCCCUGGGUUUAAAAAGUCAGUUGUGGGACGGGACAUCCUGGCUCCACCUGACUUGGAGAGGAUCUUUGGCCUGACUGGAGGGAAUGUCUUCCAUGGAUCAAUGUCACUGGACCAGCUCUACCUAGCACGACCUUUGCCCUUUUUCUCAGACUAUCGUUCACCAAUUAAAGGACUGUAUCUGUGUGGCAGUGGCUGUCAUCCAGGUGGCGGUGUGAUGGGUGCUCCCGGCUGGAAUGCGGCGCUCACUGUCAUGGCUGACCUGAAAUGUCACAAAAACAUGUGACAGCAUUAGCAUGUGGUCUGCUCAACAAGGUUUAGUCUCUCUUUUGUCAGAUUUUUCUGAUUUUGAUUAGUAUGAGCAAUACAUUUCUACACUCUCUUUAUCUUUUUGAUCAGCUGUCUCUCUGCCAUAUUAUGUUGCACAUCCUAUUUACAAGUAUAUCUGAAAAGAAAAAGGCAAUUACUGGUUGAUUUAGUAAUACAUCUAAUAAGAAAUGAAAUACACAAACUCUUUGCACUGGAUAUUAGAUAUCACUCCUGAUAAUGAACAUUGGUGCAGAAUUGCCACACAAAAUCCUGGCCAUCUAAGUGAACCAGUGGAAAAUCUGAAAGUCAUACUAAUGACUGAAUGAAGACACGUGCAUUUUUAGAAUAAAUGAUACUUGUCUUAAUAAACAGAAUAAACUAUUACCAUGGAAAUGAUGCGCUGUGGAAGUUUUUCUAACUUUGUAUGAAUAAAUGUAAAUUAUUUCAA